AUGCUCAAGAGCCUCAGAGACUACAACAACGUGGCGGCGGUCAACAGCACCAUGGAGGUCAUGCAGGGCAAGAUGUACGCUCCGGAUCUGUUCCAGCGGCUGAACACGGACGUGCACAUCAUCAACGUGCGCAACGGUAUCUGGCAGCUGAAGACGGGAGCGCUCGACGUACACAGGCCGCAGUACCUGUGCACCUUCAUGACCGACGUCGACUACAGGGGGCUCGAUUUUCCAUCGCCCGUACCAAUGGAGUUCCUCCGGGACAUCUUCAACAGCAACGAGGUCCUGAUCCGCUGGAUGCUGCGCGUGUUCGCUUAUGCCAUCAACGGGCUCACGUGCGAGGAAAUCAUCGUCUUUCUCGUCGGCGGAGGAGGUGAGACUGCCACAUGCCUCUGA